AUUGCAUAGCGUAUACGCAGAGAGAGAGAGCACUUGGCACUAAAGAGUCGGGACUCCGAUUGCACCAACGCCUGGUCUUUUUCUUGAAUCGGCUCGACAAGCACAAGUGCACAACACUCCAUAGAUAGACGGACUCGGGAGAUCGAAUGCGACUCACUUUUACCUUUGUUUUCCGUUUCUGUCCUUUUUCGUCUUCUUCACUCUCAAUCCCUUAUCAUCUGCUCGGUUUCAUAUCUCUUUCAGACCAAUCUUAGUCAAUGCCUAGAUUGGCUUUUCCUCACGUUGUUGUUUCAAAUCGUAGUUUCGUUAUUUGUCUUUUUGUGUGAAAAUCAGGGUGUUCUUCAAUCUGGGUUUUUAAUUUGAGUUUGUGGGGUUCUCUUCAAUGGUGUUCUCUGCUUCAUUCUCGUCUCCGCUGUGCACGUGGCUGGUGGCGGCUUGCAUGUCCGCCCCGUGCGGCGGCAAGGACUACUCCGUCAACCCACAGGCUUUCCAUUCAUCGUCCAGUAGGGUCGGUCGGUGGGCUCGCAAGAGGAGGUUGCUUGCUAAAUGUGGCAGUGAAUUGAAAUCUUGCUCUUCUUUGGGAUUGAGCCUUCAUGAAUUGAUGAGCUCUUGUUUGGCUUUUGAGCCCUGCAGUGAGUACUAUAGCUCUAAUGGGUUUUCCUCGCUUGGUAACGGGUUCUCCUCAGUGUUUGGAUCGAAAAGUGUUCCUCUGAAUCGCAGGCAGAGAAGGUUCAAUCGAGCCUCCCGUUCGGGGGAAGUCUUGGCAGUAGCUGUGCAACCUGCAAAGGAAGUUGAAACAAAGAAAAAACCACUUACAAACCAAAGAAGAGUGGUGGUGACUGGGAUGGGUGUGGUGACCCCGCUUGGUCAUCAACCAGAAAUAUUCUACAAUAAUUUGCUUGAAGGUGCCAGUGGCAUAAGUGAGAUAGAGACUUUUGACUGUGCCCAGUUCCCUACGAAAAUAGCAGGAGAGAUCAAGUCUUUCUCAACAGAUGGAUGGGUUGCUCCAAAACUCGCCAAGAGGAUGGACAAAUUCAUGCUUUACAUGAUUAUUGCUGGAAAGAAAGCCUUGGAAGAUGGUGGAAUUACUGAAGACGUAAUGGCUCAACUAGAUAAAGCGAAAUGUGGUGUUCUAAUUGGCUCAGCAAUGGGUGGCAUGAAGGUGUUCAAUGAUGCAAUUGAAGCUUUAAGGAUCUCUUAUAGGAAAAUGAAUCCCUUUUGCGUACCUUUUGCCACCACAAAUAUGGGUUCUGCAAUGCUCGCGAUGGAUCUGGGCUGGAUGGGCCCCAACUACUCCAUAUCUACAGCGUGUGCUACAAGCAACUUUUGUAUAUUGAAUGCAGCAAACCAUAUCAUUAGAGGCGAAGCUGAUUUGAUGCUUUGUGGUGGCUCAGAUGCUGCAAUUAUACCCAUUGGCUUGGGAGGUUUUGUGGCAUGCAGGGCACUCUCUCAAAGGAAUGAUGAUCCCUCCACAGCUUCCCGCCCUUGGGAUAUGAAUCGUGAUGGGUUUGUUAUGGGUGAAGGAGCUGGUGUUCUACUUUUAGAAGAAUUAGAACAUGCUAAAAAACGAGGUGCUAACAUCUAUGCAGAAUUUCUUGGUGGCAGCUUCACUUGUGAUGCUUAUCACAUGACUGAGCCACACCCUGAUGGUGUUGGUGUCAUACUCUGUAUAGAAAAGGCCUUAGCUCAGGCUGGAAUAGCUAGAGAAGAUGUAAAUUACAUAAAUGCACAUGCCACCUCCACCCCGGCUGGAGACCUCAAAGAGUACCAAGCCCUACUUCAUUGCUUUGGUCAGAAUCCUGAGUUAAGAGUGAACUCCACAAAAUCAAUGAUUGGUCAUCUACUAGGAGCGGCUGGUGGCGUUGAAGCUGUUGCAGCUGUACAGGCUAUAAGAACAGGAUGGAUCCAUCCAAAUAUCAACCUGGAAAAGCCGGAUGAAGGCGUGGAUACGCGUCUGUUAGUGGGGCCAAAGAAGGAGAAAUUGGAGAUAAAGGCUGCAUUGUCUAAUUCCUUUGGUUUUGGUGGCCAUAAUUCAUCAAUCAUUCUUGCUCCAUACAAGUAGAAAGGUUGAUAUGGUGGGCUAUUCCAACCUUCCUUUCUGUACUGCAGAGUUAUGUGCAAAAUUCUGUUGUACCUUGUGAUGGUGAGGGCAUAUAUAAGCAAUCAAGUUAAACUAAUCCCUUGCUCGCCAGGAAUGGGAAUGUCCAGAGUUCGUUCGCCUAAUGGUUGUAUGAAUUACUCUUAUAUGUUUCCUUUUGUCCUCGUCUUCUUAGUUGCUAGGUGGGAGGCUUCAUCUACUUUAGUUGAGAAAUGGAAGUUGAAUUGCCUCCUACAAGCAGUUUGCAUAGUUAAAAAUUUUGUCUCUUGUAGAAUUUUAUAGCAAAGCAAACUGAGGGUGCGUCUGGCGAGCAAUUUUUGCCAGUAUUUAUACUACUCUUUAGCAUAAAUGUUUUGUUGCUGCCAAACGACAAUUUUCUGACUGCAAUUCCAAGACAUUUUUAUCAGUA